UUAUUUCAUUGGCCGUGAACAAGUGCGACUUGUAGUUCUGUUUCCGAAAUAAACGCGCGUUAUGAUACUUGCAGAAGCCAUCGGAAUGCAGAUUACGAAUUUCCAUCGUGUGUAUUAUGCUCAUUGUAGACUGUUUUUCUCUGUAGUGGUAUAUCUCGUUCGGCAAUGAAAACAAAAGAAGCAAAUGGCAUCGACAUGAUUGAUAGUGAAAAAGUGAUAUUCGAGGAUGUUUCUUUUAUGUUCCGUCAUGUGAACGGUUUAUGGACGUAGGUGGUAUACAUUGGCAUAAAAAAAGGAAGAAGAAGAAGAAGAAGAAAAAAAAAAAAGAAAAGAAAAAAGAAAAAAAGAAAAAAAAAAAUAGAAUAAAAUAGAAAGAGAGAAGAACCGGUGUGACGACUUUCGGAUCGUCUGUUUUUGUGGUAAUAAAAAGGAAAAGAAAAGAGAAGAGAAGAAAGAAAGAAAGGAAAAGGUAGACAGAGAGAGAGAGAGAGAGAGAGAGAGGGAAAGAGAGAGAAAGAGUGGGAGUGAGAGAGAGAGAGAGAGAGAGAGAGAGAAACGGUCAUAAAAAAAAAAGAAAAGAAUUGGUUACGAUUGUAUAUGCGGCGCACGCGUACAUAACAUAUACACAUACGUGAUUUUCCGUAAAUUAGCCGCAUAUAUGACUAUAUGUUACAAACGAUACACCGUAGAAACGAUAUGUGAGAAAAAAUUUAAGAGACUUUUACAUCAAGCGAUCUUAUAAUAAUCAUCGUUCGUCGAUUGGUGCUGUUUACGUAUAUAAAGUUUUCUUGUUUUAACGAGAUACGAAAGACCGGGGGGAAAAAAAAAAGAAAAGAAAAAAAGAAAUAAAUAAAAAAGAAAAGAAAAGAAAAAAUGUUAAAUCAAGCGGUCGUCGAGGCUCUAUAUUCAGCUACAUACAUUGAAAAUUAUUUGGACUGUGUCGAAAAUCUUCCUAAUGAUUUGCAAAGACACGUUUCACGUCUUCGCGAAUUGGAUGCCACUUGUCAAACGUACUUGCGAGAGGUAGACCAACACCAGGAAGCACUGAGGAAUGAUAUUGAUCUAUCCGUAAGAAGAAGAGCACUUUUGAGAGUACAACAGGCACUUAUUGCCGCUCAAGAAAUUGGAGAUGAAAAAUUACAAAUAGUACAGCAGGUUCAAGAUUUGAUAGAGAAUAAAUCUAGACAACUUGACGUAGAUUAUCACAAUCUAGAUUUUGGUAAAGAACAAGAGAAUUGUGAAUCCAAUCGUGAAUCAAAUUCAAAUAUUAAUUCCAAUUCAUCUACGAAUGCUAAUAAUGCCGAACGUUUGCCAAAACGUGCUAGAAGAACGAGAACAGAGACUUUGGUUGAAUCGGGACAUGCUAUGGAUAUGAUUGUAGUAUCUGAAACAAGAUCAAAUUCAUUAACUAAUUCAAGUAAUGGUAAUCAAAAGAAGACUACUACUGCGAAUACUGGUAAAAAGAAGAAAAGAAAGUCUAGACAAGGUAAUCAACAUAAUCAACAUAGGGAAGAUACUCCACCACCAUUGGAAGAUGAUCUUGCGAUAGAUCCAGAUGAGCCAACAUAUUGCCUAUGCGAUCAAAUUUCAUACGGAGAAAUGAUACUUUGUGAUAAUGAUUUAUGUCCAAUAGAGUGGUUCCAUUUUUCUUGUGUGUCAUUAAGUACUAAACCAAAAGGGAAAUGGUUUUGCCCAAAGUGUCGUGGAGAUCGUCCAAACGUUAUGAAACCAAAAGCACAAUUUUUGAAAGAACUUGAAAGGUACAAUAAAGAGAAAGAAGAAAAGUCGUAGCAGACAAAGUAUGGUUGAAAAUUUUUUAAGAUUUCAAAGCAUUCGAUGUAAAACAAUAUUAUAUGUAAUUAGAAUUUCACUUCGAUCUAUGAAUUGUAUUCAUCAAAGUUUAAAUAUUCUAGGAUCUAAUUAAAUCAAGUGAAUUGUAUUAAAUUAUGACACUGAUAAUGAAAAUGAUUAUUGUAUAUAAUAAUUACUUUAUAGUUUGACUAAACCAGUGAUAUUGGGUUACAUCCAAAGAUUAAAGCCGACUAAACACAGAGUCUCGUAUAAAAGAAAGAAAAAAGAAAAAGAGAAAAAAA